AUGGGCGCCUCGGCCUCCAGCCAGCUGGACGAGAGCAAGUGCGUCUACAUCCGAGGGAAAACUGAGGCUGCGAUCAAAAACUUCAGUCCCUACUACAGCCGCCAGUACUCUGUGGCUUUCUGCAACCACGUCCGCAGUGAAGUAGAGCAGCAAAGAGACUCACGCUCACAAUUUCUGAAGAUCAAGCCACCAUUGGAGCCUGGAACUGUCUUGUAUGAAGCAGAGGUAUCACAGUUUGUUGAAGACAUAAAGAAAUGGAAGGACAGAUACAUUGUGGUUAAAAAUGAUUUUGCUGUGGAGAGCUAUGAGAACAAAGAGGCCUACCAGAGAGGCACUGUGCCUAAAAGCCGAAUUCUUCCUGCUGGUGGGAAGGUGCUGAUCUCCGAAGAGGAAUACACUUUGUUAUCUGAUCGGAAUUUCCCAGACCCUAUUGCCUCCACUGAGAAGGAGAAUGCUCAGCCCAUCGUGGUCCUGCCAAAGGAGUUCCCCGUGUACCUGUGGCAGCCCUUCCUCCGACACGCCUACUUCUGCUUCCAGGAGGCCCCGGGCCAGAAGAGGUUUAGUGCACUCCUGAGUGACUGCAUCAGACAUCUAAAUCAUGAUUACACGAAGCAGACGACCUGGGAAGCCCAAGCCUUCUUAGAAGCGGUGCAGUUCUUCCGCCAGGAGAAAGGCCACUACGGCUCCUGCGAAAUGAUCGCUGGGAACGAAGUCCAGAUCCUGAGUAACCUGGUGAUGGAGGAACUCCUGCCAACCCUCCAGACAGACCUGCUGCCCAAAAUGAAGGGGAAAAAGAACGACAGGAAAAGGACCUGGUUCGGUCUCCUGGAGGCGGCUUACAACCUGGUCCAGCUUCAAGUCUCGGAAGGGUUGAGCGCCUUGAAGGAGGAAUGCAGAAGUCUGACCAAGGGCCUGGACGGAACGAUCCGGUCAGACAUGGACCAGAUUGUGAGCUCAAAGAACUUCUUAAAUGGGAAGAUCAAAGCGAUGGUGGCGGAGCCGGUGCGGAGAAGCUGUGCGGAGAGUGUGCAGCCCUUCCUGGCCUCCAUCCUCGAGGAGCUCAUGGGGCCGGUGAGCUCAGGAUUCAGUGAAGUCCGCUCACUCUUUGAAAAGGAGGUGGAAGCGCUCAGCCAGAGCUUUCAGGCCACCGAGGACAGUGGCCGGCUGCGGGAGCAUCUGGACCAGCUUCUGCGUCUUUCACUGGAUUCCACGAAGAUGCAGCCCUGCUAUGUUCAAGUCACCCUGCUGCAGGAGCGCCUGCAGGACCUGCAGGGCCGCUUCGGAUUCCCCCACGUGGAUCUGGUGGUCCAGAGGACCCAGAACUACAUGCAGGAGCUGAUGGAAAACACCGUGUUCACCUUCGAGCAGUUGCUUUCCCCACAUCUGCACGGAGAAGUCUCCGGAACCGCAGUCUCCAUGGAGAAGGUUAAGCUUCGAGUCUUAAAGCAAUACGAUUACGACAGCAGCACCAUCCGGAAGAAGAUAUUUCAAGAAGCUCUGGUUCAAAUCACCCUUCCCACCGUGCAGAAGGCAUUGGCGUCCACGUGCAAACCAGAACUUCAGAAGUAUGAGCAGUUCAUCUUUGCAGACCACACCAAUAUGAUCCAGGUUGAAAAUGUCUAUGAGGAAAUUUUACAUCAGACGCUCCUUGAUGAGACUCUGAAAGUGAUCAAGGAAGCUGCUGUCCUGAAGAAACACAACUUAUUUGAAGACAACAUAGCCCUGCCCAGCGAAAGUGUGUCCAGCCUUACUGAUCUGAAAACCCCCACGGGGUCAAACCAGGCCAGCCCUGCCAGGAUUGUCUCGGCCAUUCUGCCAGGAGGACCGGGGAGCGGGUCCCCGGGCAACGACGCGUUCCAAGAGCCCGAGGAAGAGAAGCAGCCGGGAGCCCCUAGUCCUUUGGCCCAAGAGGAAAGCACCUCCCUCCUGUUCCCUGUGACCAGUCCUCCCGAGGGUGGGGACAGGCAAGUGGUUGCUUCAAGCGUCAAUGACCCCACGAAUCUUGUGGCUACAGAAGACAAGGCAGGCACCUCGGGCACCAACUCAGCCGAGCUGGAGUUUGGAGGGAUUCCCAAAGAAGAAGACCCCCCUCACGAAGACCCGGCGUCCCUCUCUGCCUCAGGCUCCUUGAAAGAGCUCAGAAAAUUGUUGACAGUGACCGUUGAAGUCCCGGUGGAUACUGCUCUAGCGAAUGAAAAAGAUACAAGUGAGCAGACCCUUUUGUCUCAAGAAGAUGAAAAGGAAGAGGAAUCCCCCCAAAUCUGCAACGAAGCCCAGGAGGCAGCCGGGUCCCCUGGGAAUCACGGGGGAGGGGAUGGAGUCAGCGAGAGGGGGUCCCUUGUUCCUUCGGCAGAGGCUGGUGGCAUGGGAUUGGGGAGCUUUCCUGAGGCCAGCAGUCCUGCCCCUCUGCCAGCCGAGGGGAGCAGCUGCUCGGGGCCCGUGGGUGAGCAAGCUGAUGCUGGGGAGCCCCUGGACAGGGAGCUCCGGGGUGAGCAAGCUGAUGCUGGGGAGCCCCUGGACAGGGAGCUCCCGGGGAAGGCCUCCAGACUACUUGAAGCAGGAGGAGCCCCGGGUGCCCUGGGAGGCGAGGCCCGUGCCCAAGAAGAGUGCGUUUUAGGUCCUGACCAUGGCUUUGCUAGCGAGAGCCAGCUUUCUGAGGAACAGGAAGUGGCAGGAGGGCUGAGCAGCCCAGGCCAGGCCACGGUCAGAGUGGCUGCAGAGGGACUUAAGGCCGCCAGUGUUCACGGGUGCCAGUGGGUGGUUGAAAGUGCUCCAGACACCGAUAGCCUAGGUGCACAUGGGAACGGCAAGACGGAGAGAGAAGGUGGUGAGGGGGGUUCCCCAGGGCAGCCCCCGGAGGAGUGAGGGGGACUGUUUGGUAAAAGCCUUUCUUCCAACAAGGUCCAUCACAGGGGGGAUUCACUUGGGAAUUGCACAAGGUUGCCACAAGAAACAGUCUUAAAUAUUUCUUUCACGUUGUCUAAUGAAGCCAAAGGAAAAGCACGCAGGGCGUGGGCACUGUAGACCAACAGCUUUGUGGGGCUGCCCUGUGCCACUAUGAAUUAUUGCUUGGGCGUUUUAAUAGGAAUUACACAGACAAUGGAGGGUUUGGGGUUAGAGGCCAGCCGAGGGUGUCAGGCGGAGGGAGUGGUGUUGCAGUGAAGACCGGGAAGCCGUGGGAGCCUGGUUUUCAGUGCCCUCUGCGCCUUGUGGCGAUGUGGUCUCCUGGGGCAUUUGAAGGCUUUUAGGCAAGAAGGGGAAUGCAUAUAGUAAGCCUCGCUUCACCGGCUUCCAAGCGAAUUUCACUCUCUCUUUAGUCUCAGCCUUUGUCCUAGGUCAGGCAGGCUACACCAAGGGACAGGUCACAGACUCCCCUCCCCUCUGUUGUGGGUAAGCUCCACGGAGCCGGCUCCGACCAUAAGUCUCAGGAGACGCUGAGCAGAAACGGGAGGGAAGCUCACAGACUAUGCAACUGCCCGGGCCUGUUAACAAUUCUACUAUCAAUCAAAUAAUUAAUUGUGUGAAUUAAGUUUCUUGAUCCUUAUUAAUUAAUCACCUUCAGGGGAGCAUUCAGAUGGGGCAAGAAAAUGUCAUUGGCGUGUUUCAGCUUGAAAGCACUCCACAUCCACUGUAGACUGUGCAGAGAAAAGGCUCCGCUCAAUGACUGAGCUUAACGCCUACUAGUUAAACAAGCAUUAUUUGAACAGUUACUGCAUGCCAUGUACUAUAUUCAGGAAAGUAAUAAGAAUAAAAAAUAGAUAAGGCGUAUUGUAUUGCCUGGUCUAAAUGAAAAGGCUCCAGGAAAUUAACCUAGAGGAAAAGAAAGAGCCCAUUUUCAAACCAUGGCACCGUUUUCUGUGUUUUCUGAGACAAUACUGGCUUGUUUCCACAAGGUAGCAUCAAUUUUUUUAAAAAGUCAAAGUAUGGACCAUCAAGUCCCAAAUCUGUUACGCAAAGUGGCAACUGCUGGUUCAGUCAUUCCGCAAGCUCGUGGAGCGCGGGGCUCUGGAGGGAGGUCCUGUGGUGAUGUGACUGUCCCUUCCUCCCGAAAUUUACCCUUGAGUGGAAAAUAGGCAUAACGACAGCUUUCUGCUGGCUCGUGACGGACAGCAUUUGUUAAUGGUGCCAGGGAGUCUUAUUGCCAGAGAUGGGGGGAGAGGGGGUUACUGUGCUAUUUUCCUCCAGGGGAAAAUAGCAAAGCAACAAAACUGCUAGAUUAUUUCCUAAAAGCUUCCAUCCCAAGUAUUACAUGUUGAAGUUUGCUUCCACACGUUUUAAUACUAGAUCCCAACUUAGUGUCCUCAGGGCUUGCGUUGAUCCUCGCCAGCCAUGAAGUUUCUGUCACUCUAUGCCACCGUCUGACGCAUUAACCAGGAAUUGAAAUGCCUCCCCCUCCACCACGCUCAUAAAAAGUUUGUUGGAUUUCUGGAUCAUAAAGGAUGAAAACGGGUAUCAGCAUACUCCCAUAUGGAAUUGUUAGGUCCUCAGUUCUAACAAGGAUCUCAUCAUGAAUAAAGAAAGUAGAGCCCCCGGUGUUUCCUCAUAGCCUUGCACUUGGCUGGGGAAUGGAGCUUUUGUUUACUUCCUGUCUCUACCAGGAGCUCCUGUCUUCCAGGGCAGAAACAAGGUGUUAGGCAUCCUGCAUCCUUCCUGCUAGACGGAAGCACAACCUUCACUAGCAGCUUCCUGUCUCCUCAAGUCAUUUCCACACCCUCAGGACCUAGCGCAGAAUUGGCAAGUGACAGGCUGCUCAGGAAAUUGGACGUGACGGCACCUACGAUGGGCUAUUUGGGGCCUCAGGAUCGAGCAGGAGCACUGAUAGCAGACUGAGUUGGGCAACUAACCACAAGGUCAGCCAUUUGGACCCAUCAGCUGCUUUGCGGGAGAAAGACGCAGCUUUUUGUUCCAGUAAAGAUUUAUUUGUAACAUUAUUUUAACAUUGUUUGCUUUCACAAGUCUGUUAGGCAAACAGUUUAGUACUGGGAGUUUAAUGUGAACUCAUAGUUGUUACUGCAGAGAUUUUCCAGAAUGGAACGGGUUUAUUAUGAGGGUUUUCUCCCAUCUCUGGGCAAAUUUAUUAGAGAUGCCUCAAACCCCAGUAAUAUUGCUUAUUGACCUUUCACCCUCCUUCCCCCAAAAGAGAGCAUUUCCCUUAAAGGAAAUCAGCUUGUCGUUCUCCCAUUUUUACCUUGAGUAGCGGGGACAGUCGUGGCGUGUGUAAUGUGCAGUAAACUCUGAACUGAAAGUAUCUGGACCCACAGUAAUAAGAUCCCAGCUGUGCCUGAUGCUUUAGAAGGAGGCGGAAGGUGGACAGCCGCAGGGCCUUGACAUUUGAUGAUGAAGAUCUCAACUCUGGUUUUAUUAGAAGGCUUCGCAAAGCUCCCACACCAAAGGGAUUUAAUUUAUUCUAAGAAGUACCAAAUGAUAUGUGCUAAAUAGCGAUUUUAACAUGGAGAAAGGAAGGUGGACUUGUCCAAGUUAAGCAAUAAGAUAGUUUCACUAAGUGAAAAUGUUGGUCACGUGUGUCUUACUAAAUACUAACGGGCUUGGGGACUUGCCUUUUGAAGUUGGCAACUUCAAGGGGGGAAAAAUCUAACUGUAGACUGAUCUAUAUAUUUUCCUGGUCAUGGUAUAAAUCAAACUGAAAUCACUUUGUAACCACAUAUUUACUCUGCCAAGUGCCUAUAUUCCAAUAAAACAUUCAUUCAUGUUGA